CGAGACGGAGGCGAGAGAAUGGCUGCUGGAGGAGAUAUAGGUAAGCUUUUACAAGUACAAAAUGGGAUUCCUGCAAACACAAACUACAAUGGGAUGGACCCACUUCAUGCUUGUAACAUUCUCCAGCAGCUUAAAUCAAUGUAUGAAGAGGAGCAGCUCACAGAUAUUGUGGUAGAAGUGGAUCAUGGAAAAACAUUCUCUUGUCACAGAAAUGUUCUUGCUGCAAUUAGUCCUUAUUUCAGGUCUAUGUUCACUAGUGGCCUUACUGAAAGCACCCAGAAAGAAGUCAGGAUUGUUGGAGUUGAGGCAGAAUCGAUGCAUCUUGUUCUAGACUAUGCAUAUACCUCCAAGGUCACACUGUCAGAGACAAAUGUCCAGGCUCUGUUUACUGCAGCUAGCAUCUUCCAAAUACCACCCCUGCAGGAUCAAUGUGCCCAGUUCAUGGUUAGUCGUUUGGAUCCCCAGAAUUGCACUGGGGUCUUUAUGUUUGCGGAUGCGUAUGGUCAUCAGGAACUCAAAGACAAGUCACGAGAUUACAUCCGAAAAAAAUUCCUAUGUGUUGUGAAAGAACAAGAGUUCCUUCACUUGACUAAAGAGCAGCUAGUCAGCAUACUUAACAGUGAUGACCUUAAUGUUGAGAAGGAGGAACAUGUAUAUGAUAGCAUUAUCCACUGGCUUGAGAAUGACCGAGAGAAAAGGGAGAUGCACCUUUCAGAGGUGUUUGCCAAAUGUAUUCGCCUACCUCUAUUGGAAGAGGCAUUUCUAAAGAAAAUUCCUCCCAGCUUUGCACAGGCUUUGUCAAUGGACUGGAUGGACAAAGGGAAGUCUAGAGGUACCAACGGCUGUACACAGAGGCUGGGGAUGACUGCUUCUGAAAUGGUAGUGUGUUUUGAUGCAGCACAUAAACACUCAGGAAAGAAACAAACAGUGCCUUGUUUAGAUACCGUCACGGGGAAAGUGUUCAAGCUAUGCAAACCACCGAAUGACUUGAGAGAAGUUGGGAUUUUGGUAUCCUCUGAAAACGACAUUUAUAUUGCAGGGGGUUACAGGCCAAGCAAUAGCGAGGUCUCUAUAGACCACAGAGCAGAGAGUGACUUCUGGAUGUAUGAACACUCGGGUAAUCGGUGGUUGCAUAAGAGUCCCCUGCUGCGAGCGCGAAUUGGGUGCAAACUGAUUCAUUGCUGUGCUAAGCUUUAUGCUCUCGGGGGACGUGUUUAUGAAGGAGAUGGUCGCAAUGCACUCAAAUCUGUGGAGUGCUAUGAUACUCGAGACAACUGUUGGACAGCUGUUAGCCCAAUGCCGGUUGCAAUGGAGUUUCACAGUGCUGUUGAAUACAAGGAUCAUAUCUAUGUUUUACAAGGGGAAUACUUCUUUUGUUAUGACCCACAUAAAGACUACUGGGGUCACCUGCCUCCCAUGACUGUGCCUCGAACCCAGGGACUUGCUGCUCUGUACAAGAAUUCCAUCUACUACAUAGCAGGAAUCUGUAGAAAUCAUCAGCGCACUUUCACAGUGGAAACGUAUGACAUUGAGCAGAACGUCUGGACUCGAAAGAAAGACCUGCCAUUUGACCAGGCUGCUAGCCCUUAUAUUAAACUGAUCAUUCUUCAUGACCAAUUGCAUUUGUUUGUGAGGGCUACCCAGGUCACUGUGGAGGAGCAUGUUUUUCGAACCAGUCGAAAGAACUCCCUCUAUCAGUACGAUGAAGACUCGGAUCAGUGGAGAAAAGUGUAUGAAACUCCCGACAGGCUUUGGGAUCUUGGCCGCCAUUUUGAAUGCAUUGUUGCCAAACUCUAUCCACAGUGUCUUCAGAAAGUUAUUUGAAAAAGAGCUGUCAGUCAGGGUGUCUGGUGCUACAAUUUGCUUGUCUCUGGUACUAUCAGCAUUUGCAGUAUGGGAGAAUGAUUGUCUUAAACAUUAAGGUGUUUAUAUGAUGGGUGGUUUUUAAAGCUUGCACUACUAAUUACUUUUGUUGAUACUUAACAUUUGUAAAACGAUUCAUAAGUGCAAUUAUUGUCUGUCUUCUGCAUAUUUUGAGCCAUUUUAUUAAGUAGCAUUUUAGAUGGUUGGUAGGUUAGAAUUUUAAAAUUAAAUGAAACGAAAUCUAAUCUAUUUAAAUUAUUCAUACGGGUAUGCACAGCAUUUUGUUGACAGGUAGUUCUUUGACAUUUUCUGAAGGUCAAAAUGUGGUUUAAAAGCAUCCAGAAUAUAUUCAAAUUGGUGGGCCUACACUUCAUAGGAUUAUUUGUUGUACUGUUGUAGAGAUUCUCCAUUUUAAUCGAGAGAAUGUAAUUUGUAAGGAAGGGUAGUUCAGUAUAAAUAUUAUUUUGAUUUCAUUACUUGUGUUAUGGGGGAUUUGAUUAAAACAUUACAUGUAGAAUGUAGAACUGCUGCAACGUUGGCUCAAUUUGUUAUUUAUGUUUCGCCUGUAAAUGUAUCGCUACUCUUUGAAUUUAAAGUGACAUUGGGCAAUUUUUUAGCUUUUUCUGUUCUACCACAAUACACGUGUGUCAUUAAAAAACAUAUAUAUAAACAGCUGGUGCUGAGCGCUAUGUCGUUGAAAGAAAUGUAUUGAUAUAAAAGACUGAAUUGCUUUGGCUGGAUUUGUCUGGCGUUUUUAGUUUCAUUCAUUGAUUGCUGAAAGGAGGGACCAAGCCCGAUAUUCCAUCUUUCACAUGUAAAUACAACUCCAGAGCAGUUUCAACUGGACUCAACAGCGUGAAUAACUUGAAAAAACAGACUCUUGAAAACGUUUGAACAGUAGAGAAUGUAGAGGUGCCCUAUGUCAUUCUAAAUUCCUGAAGAAACAAAUGAGUUGGAGUAGCAAUAAUGCUGAAUCAUAAAAUUGUUAAUAGUACAAACUAUUGCUGCAGCUUUUUUUUUUCAAGUGUGUUUUCUAUAAUUUAACAGUAUUAUCAUUUUUUUCAUUAUUUAUAGUCGGUUUGCUUAGACUGUAUUCUGAACAACGUGUAUUGUUUAGAUUUUGUGGAGUUUAACAUUUGUGGUUCAUUUUAUGCAAACAUGUCACAAAGUCAUCAGAGUGCCUACUGAGCCAUAAACCAAGAUUGAGACAUACAAUAUACCUGGAGGUUCAUUUGUUCAACCUGUAGCCCUCUAGAAUACUGCUGGAUAUUUUAGAGCAUUUACAGUACCAGAGAAUGCCCCCUGCUGCAUUAAACACUUAUUUUUUGGGGUAAUCCCAGGAUCACUAAAUAUGUGUGUGUGUGUGUCUCUCUCUCUCUCUCUAUAAAAAAAAUAUCAAGCUCCAGUUUAUCAAGGCAUUGUAUAGCCUAGGUUGUUCAAAUCAACCCCUUAGCCUUUUAAUAUGCACCUUCAACAUCUUAAUUGUUUCUGAAAACUAAGUCCUAGUCAUUGUUAAGCUUCGUAGCUGCAAACUUUGAAGCACCACUCUGAAUAUAUAUAUAUUUUUAAUGUAUGUGUUCUAGAAUAAGUUUAACGUAUUUGCGUUUGUUUAAAAUGUGUUAUAUUUUGGUGCUGCUUUUUUGACAAUCUUCUAUUUACAGAGACGAGACAAAGUGUAUGUUUAGUGGUGUGUAGCUAGUUAAUACUCAUGUAGAAUAGAGUUAGCUAAUAAGUAAUCUAGUAAAUUAUCAUAUGAAAGUACCUGCUGUGGUUACUUUUACAACCGUUUUGUUCAAUAUCUGUGUAAUUUUACAUUUGCACUACACAUUCGUCAUUUCAGAAAGUAAAAUGAAGCUUUCCUCCCCCAAAAAAGAAUGAUACAACCAUCUAGAAAUACAAUUAAGUCAGCUAUUGGUCUGUAUUGUACAUAAGAACACAAUAGCAUUACUGUGACAGCUGUAGCAUGCAGGUCUAACUUCUUACAAAAAGAUGAAAUCCCCCAACAAGGAUAGUUUUUGUGUGUAUGAAAUGAACAUCUAAAGCAGCUAAUAAUAUUACAUGUAAAUACUAAGAUAUGAAAAUAAAGUGAAGCAGAACUGCUUUCAGUUGUGGAUUCUGCCAUAGUUAACAUGGCCAGCACUGUUUUAGCUGGGAGCUUUGUAGUCUGUUAAGCAGUGACUUGAAAUGUGUGAUUCUCAGGAUUAUAGCAAUACACGGUACUGUAUUUGUAUAAAUCUGUCUGAUAUACUGGAAAAUGUUUGCUGUGCUUGCACAUGGUUUGGGGUAUCUACCAGUUUUACUUCUGCUUGAAGCAUAGAUGUGCUUUACUUGGCUUAAAUGAUUAAAAGAAGUGGAGCUUUGCUCUGUUAACAUACUAAAUAUGAUUGGCCAUAAGGACAAAAAUGUGUAGUCCAAAUAAAAUGUUAAUUUUUUUUUUUUUCUUUACAAUACUUUCAAGAUCGAUUUAAUAGAGAAUAAUGAAUAAAAGAAUAAGUUUCUGUCAAUUUUAUUGGGUUUUCUGUAACAUUUAAAUCUCAGACUCUGAAUAUGAUCACUAAGUUGAAUUUCUUAUAAUACCGUGUGUUUGCAUCCAUUAUCAGGUGUAGUGGCAGGGAUUUAUUUGGUUAAAUGAAGUAUUUUCUGUUUUCAAAUGCUGUUAAUGGCAUCGCAAAGGAAAUUACUAUUCUGUGUAAGAAGUGUUCUUAGCAAAUACUUAUAAAUAGAUUUUGCUUUAAAUUUGCAUGUAUCUUCAGAAUGAAUAAAUAAAUACAAUUACAAACAGACACUGAUUUUCUCAAACAUUUGUGGGAAUCCCCUUUUUAAUUUCCAUUGUGUGUGGAAAAGGCUAGUCAUUUUCAUAAAAUUAAAGGUUAACAGAAAUUCAGUCGAAAAGGGGACGCAUGUAUUUUC